GGCUGGCUAUAUAAGAGAGGACCUCCCGCCUCCAUCAUCACAACUCAGCUGCGUCUCCACCAGCACACAUCUCCAUAAUGACUAGCUUUACCUCCUGCACCGUGGUGGUGGUCCUGGCCGUUAUGGUGGCCGGGGCGGCGGCCAGUUCUGUCUACGGCCCCAGGCCUGUCAUCCCCAUCGUGAAGGACAACAGGAAUCAGAACGCCUACGGCGAGUACUCCUUCCAGUACGAGUCCGGCGACGGUACCACCAGGGAGGAGUCUGGUAGACAGAACGACGGCCAGGUGUCUCAGGGCGGCUGGAGGUACUCGUCCCCCUACGGUGACCCCGUGGAGAUCACCUUCGUGGCCGACCAUGGCGGCUACCAGCCCCAGGGAGCCGUCCUGCCCGUGGCCCCGCCCCUCCCAUACUCCCGCACUGGUCAUUAAGUCGAGGUGACUGAGAUUGAUCGCCCCACAACCUCUAGCUGACGCCCCUAACUCUCGUUUGGACAACACCCGCCCACCGCCCGCGCCCUCCUCACCCUCAUACUGGCAGCUUCCGUCUCUUCUUAACACAGUACCUCGCACACAGGGAAAAAAAACACCUCAGUAUACAUUGCAUUGUUUGCUCUCAUGAUCCACAUCCCAGCUACACCUCACACCCUCACCACUACACUACACUACACUCACCUCACAACACAUCCCAGCUACACCUCACACCCUCACCACUACACUACACUACACUCACCUCACAACACCCAUUAAGCAAGUACUGUAAGAGGCCAGUUUUAUGUAGAUGCCUUUGUUGUUUUUUGUGUGUAUGUUUACCUUUGUGCAAUGUGUGUGUGUGUGUGCGCCGCGCCAAUGUAAAUGUUGCAUGUGUGUGUCUGUGUGUGUACGUGCUUACAAUUGGUAUUGUUUUAUUGACACUCUUUGUAAACACCAGGCUCUUGUUAUAGGUAACUAUGUAAAACAGCUGUAUUCUGAUUUAGUCUUUCCUUGUGCUGGUCGCAAAUAUUGUGCUUUGACUUGUGGAAUAAAACAACAGAAUUAUAA